AUGCACGACCACUCCACUCCCGAGUCUGUAACUGAACCCCGAUGCUCCAACACCCCCACGUGCUGGGGCGACAAUGCCGGCAGGAAUAAAGGACGCUCCUGUGUGGGAUACUACACCGAGGGCAGCAUCACCUACUGUCGGCACUGCGGACAGUACUGGUCCUAG